CUCCCCGCCUCCGUCGGCUGCAGCAGCUCAUUCAGCACCAUCCUGUGCCCCCGUCGCUAUGCCCUCUGGCAAAUCACACCGAUCUCCGGCCUACAUUACCGCCUUUGCCUCAAAGCACACCCUGCUUCGAGGCGAAAACGCCCAGAUCGCGUCCCAAGAUCUGGCGGCUCCCAAUCCACUGGGGCUGCCCUUGGCCAAGACCAUGACCCGUGAGAGCUCCUCCUCGCUGAGCAGCCUCACCGGGAUUAAGCAUUGGCUCCGCAAGAAGUUCGAGCGCUGAGCGUGCGGCCGCGCCGCAUUGCUUCCUUCCAGCCUCAGACUUCGUGUUAUGUCUGUUUCGGUGGGCCGGCAACGGAUCUCAUUCACAUCGGCUCCAGACUGGCCAAGUUGGCCCUGGACAGCUUUGUUUUUAUCUUUCCUGUUCGUCCACACCCCAACACUCAUCGAUACCGCGGGAACAUUCCUUUUCUGCUCGCACAUUUUCCCCCAAUUUUGUCGGUCUUCUGAGAUCUGCCAGCCCUCUGCGUCGCCUCGACGGCCGCUGGGGUGGAGCGUUCUUGGAAUCCGCUGGCCCAAUUCAUAUUCGGUGAUGCCGAUUCCGCAGUUCACGCAAGCAAGACCGGCACUGCAAUAUAUCCAUAUCGAACUGGGACACUGCUACACAUGCAUGGCUUGUGGGUUGCGAAGGUUGUGGAUUGCGGGACGUCGAUCGUUCAUCAAGCAACACCGUUCCUUGCCCCGCGUCUUCCUCACCCUCCGGGUGUGUCCUGUGCGAAAAUGCUUGCUGUGCUUCAGUGUGCACUGUCUUCCGUCUGCCCUUUUGGCCGCUUGGCUUCUGGAGGUGGCGUAGAAUCCGAUUUGCGUUUGCUGCGUUGCAAAAUAAGUCGGCGGUCAGCUUUCUUGAGGUAUAGAGAUGGAACCCCGC